UCCAGCACAGCCGCCGUAGCGCCCCAGCAGGCCCGCCAUGACGUACCCGUGCCGACCGGCAGCCAUGCCGCUUCACACGCCUCGCCGACGGCGGCAUCUGCGCUGCUCGACGGCCUGGAUCCCUUUGAGCUGCUCACCGACGAGGUCAAGAACAGUUACCUGCGAUGCUCGUACAAGUGGAGCUUCCACCACACCCCAACCCUGCUGCUGCGCAUCCGUGACCGCACCCUCGAGCCAUGGAUGGCCUGGGCCAUGCUGGCGCUGGCCAUCCGAUUCGUCAAGGACCCCCCGCCCCCCUUCCGCUCCCAGACAGAGGCUAGCAAUGCCUAUGCCGCCCAUGCCCGCCAGAUCCUGCAGCAGGACCUCGAAACGCCCUCCAUCAGCCGCGUCCAGGCCCUCCUCAUGCUGACCGGCCAUGACUGGGGCGCCGGCAACGGAAGGCGCGCCUGGAUAUACCUGGGCAUGGCCAUCCGCCUCGUCGAGGUCAUGGACCUGACGCGCGAGACGGGCAUCCCGCGCAACCGCGUCCCCACGCGCGAGGAGUUCAUCGAGGCCGAAGUCCGCCGCCGCACCGCCUGGACCUGCUUCCUCAUGGACUCGCUGCUGAGCGGCGGCAAGGGCCGCAAGAGGUCGCUGACGGCCGCAGACAUGUCCAUCCAGCUGCCCUGCGAGCGCGAGGACUUUGUCUUUGGCGAGCCCAAGUGCACCCCCCAGCUCGACAACACCCAGCGCAUGCCCCCCGUCGCCCUGCCCGUCGGCGAAAUCGGCAUCAUUGCCUACAGCAUGCGUGCCGCCAACAUCUGGGGCAAGGUCGCUCGCUGGGCCUGCAACGAAGACCUCAAGACGGAGCUGCCCUGGUCCUCGUCUUCGCAGUUUCAGCAACUCAUCUACGAGCUCGAAGGCUGGAAGUCGUCACUGCCCCAGCGCCUCCAGUACGACCUCUUUACCCUCCACAGCCACAAUGCCGUCGAGCAGGGCCAGGCCUACUGCUACAUGCACUGCAUCCACUUUAUGAGCUACAUGUUCUUGCAUCGCGCCUACUUGCCCGUGCUCGGCCCU